AACACAUGGUGUUGCUCUAAUAAAUUUUCGAGAAAUUUUAACAUUUUUAUCUCGUAAAUUUAGUGCUCAUCGUUUCGAAUAGCUUUUGCCAAGUGAAUGUGACUUAGGCACCAUGGAAGAAAAAGAUAAAACCAGCGGCCAAGCCACUGCCGAAGGAGAAGCACCGGUCCGGUUACCUCAGAAGCGCUUCUACCGACAGCGAGCGCACUCCAAUCCUAUCGCUGAUCACAGCUUUGAAUACCCCGUCCGACCGGACGAUUACGAUUGGUCGCAGCACUAUCCCACGAUCGGCGAGGGACAGCAGGUGGAAUUCGCCGACAUCGGUUGCGGCUACGGUGGCUUUCUGGUUACACUGGGUGAGUUGUAUCCGGAGAAGUAUGCCCUCGGCAUGGAAAUCCGCGUCAAGGUUUCCGACUACGUGAUGGAUCGGAUUGUGGCGCUGCGCAAGCUACACGAAGGGCGCUAUCAGAACAUUGCCUGCAUUCGGACGAACGCGAUGAAGUACUUGGUUAAUUAUUUUCGUAAGGGACAGCUGGAGAAGAUGUUCUUCCUGUAUCCGGAUCCGCAUUUUAAGAGGGCCAAACAUAAGUGGCGCAUCAUCAAUCCGGCCCUGUUGAGCGAGUACAGCUACGUGUUGCGCGAAGGAGGUUGCAUCUAUACGGUGACGGACGUGCGGGAUUUACACGAAUGGAUGUGUAAGCAUAUUGAGGAGCAUCCGGCCUUCGAGCGGCUGAGCGAAGAGCAGCUGCGGGAUGAUAUUCUGGUAGAGAAACUACUGGACAGUAGCGAGGAAGGCAAGAAGGUUACGCGAAAUAACGGUGAUAAGUUUGCUGCGGUUUUCCGCAGGAUUUAAAGACUAUAUAACAAAAUAAAAGUUAACUUCUUACCACUGAAAAAUCUUC